AUGAGUUGGAAAGGCUUCACCAAGAGCGUCACCCGCCAGUUCAAGCAAAAGUUCAACAUGGGUGAAAUCACAAAGGAUCCCAUCUAUGUUGACGCCGAACGUCGCUUCUCAGAGCUCGAGACCGAGACUAAACGUCUGCACGAUGAGUCCGAAAAGUACUUCAAGUCCAUCAACGGCAUGCUCGACCACCAGAUCGAAUUCUCAAAAGCUUGCGCCGACUUGUAUAAGCCCAUUUCUGGUCGUGCUUCAGACCCAACCUCCUACGUCGUCGACGGCAAUCCCGAGGGCAUCCGCGCUUGCGAGGAGUACGAGGCCAUUGUGAAAGACUUGAAGGCUUCGCUGCAACCUGAACUGGAGAUGAUCGAGUCUCGCAUCGUAAAACCCGCCGACGAGCUCCUCGAGAUCAUCAAGCAGGUCCGCAAAUCUGCAGUCAAGCGUGACCACAAACAGCUCGACUACGAUCGUCACCGAGCUACUCUCAAGAAGCUACAGGACAAGAAGGACAAGACGCUUAAGGACGAAAAGGCCCUGUACAAGGCAGAGAACGAAGUCGAGGUCUCGACCCAGGACUACAACUACUUCAACGACCUGCUCAAGAAUGAGCUGCCCGAGCUGUUCCGCCUUGAGCGCGAAUUCAUCCUUCCCUUGUUCCAAUCAUUCUACUACAUGCAGCUGAACGUCUUUUACACGUUGCACGAGCGCAUGCAGAGCAUUGAUAUUGGCUACUUCAACUUGACCCUGGACAUCGAGGCAGCCUUUGAGGAAAAGCGCGGAGAUAUUCAAGAAAAGGCCGAGGCUCUGACUAUUGUACACUUCAAGACCAAAGGUCUGGGUCGACCUGCUGGAAGCAAGUACGGCGCCGGCAGAUUGGCCAUCGAGGGCAAGACCAAGACCACAGCUCCUGCUCUUGAGUCGUCUACUGCUCAGCUGUCGAUCACCGACGGGAACCCGACGUCUCCUCCACCUUACUCAGCUACUGGAUCGACAACCGGUGGGCUCGCGCGCAUGUCUUCGAUCGCAAAGAGCAAGCCCCCGCCACCAAAGCCCAAGCCAUCGAGAUUUAGUGGGGUGCCUCAGGCAGAAACGUGUUCGGCACUGUACGAUUACGAAGCUCAAGCAGAAGGCGACCUUAGUUUCAGCGCUGGCGAGACAAUUGAGAUUGUGCAACGUACGGCCAACGAGAAUGAAUGGUGGAUUGGAAAGAUUGGUGCAAGACAAGGACAAUUCCCCGGCAACUACGUACAGCUCAACUCGUAG